GAAAUUGAGGAGAUGUCUUCAGAAGGGACAAUGAGUGUAGUAGGGAGUGAGGUGAUGCCCCUGGAGUAUGGUGGCAUGGACUUGGAGAGUAGUCCAUUUCCAUCUAGUUCGGAGAGGACAGUGGAGGAAAGGAGGGAGCGGGGGGUAGUGGAAGAGGAGGAAGAGGAAAUUCCCUCAAAUAUAAUGGAGGUUGAGGGUAACGUGGGUAGGUGUUAUGACCCAGAAUUAAACAUAGUGUCUGAGGUGAGGGGGAGGGAUGUCGAAGUAGAACAAUUGUUUGCUUGGAAAGCUAAGAAAACCAAGCAGAACAAUUAUAAGUUGAAUGAGGAUGAAGCAGAAGAAGUAGGGAAGCUGGUGAGGGAAAAAGGGGAGUUAGUGGAUAUCAUGUACCUCACCAGUGCAGAGGCGAUAAAAGCUACCGAGCUCUAUGGGUCAAGCUCAUUGAGCGAAGCUGAGAUUGAUGGCUUUCUGAACGCUGUUGGGGGGCUAGCUAUCCCAAAGAAGCCAAAGAAGAAGUCAAAGACUUCAACUGUGGCAAAAAAGGGGGCGGCAGAAAAGGAGCGGCUGUCUAGCACUUCUACCUAGGUUCUGGAGAUGCAGCAAAGGCCAGAGCCUAUGAGGAAAAGUAGUGAGGAAGUGAGUGAAGAGGUGGUGCCACUCCACAGGAAGAAGAUGAAGGUGGCAGAGCCAGAAGCUAGGGGGGAUAAGGUGGUUGAGUUCAUGCCUCGACCU